CCGUGCCCCUCGCGGUUAUUGUCUCUCCGGGCCUCGCUCUACCUUCUAAUGUGAGAAGGACAGGAAAAAGAAAUGGGGCGUGCACCUUUCCACCUUCUACCUGAAGAUGCACGCACCAUAUUGCACGUUUCCUGAGCACUGCAGCGAGAUCCAUCUAUAAGAGAGAAGAGGGACGAAGACGGAACUCAGGGAUAUCGGAGCCAAAGGGAAUGGCUAUGGAGGAGUCGAAAGAGAAGAGCGUGAUGGCGAUGACGUCAGCAGCCGCCCCCGGGGCGGUUCGUGCGGACGUGGCAGAUUCUGCGGGAAGAAGGGACGUCGCACUGAAAGGAGAGAAAUCAACUAGAGAUACGCAAUCCUCUGCGACGGCCAAGAUUGAUUUCCUCCUUCGGACUGAAAUUGAACACUUCUCUCCUAUUCUUUCCUCUGUUCUUUCUCCCUCCUCCUCCACCUCCUCCUCCUCCUCCUCCUCCUCCUGUUCCUCGUCGUUCUCCUCCUCCACCUCCUCCUCCUCCUCCUGUUCCUCGUCGUUCUCCUCCUCCUCCACCUCCUCCUCCUCCUCCUCCUUGCCUUCUUCGCAAUGCUGCUCCCGUUUGCCAGUUGGAUCGGGCGUGUCAAAAGCUGCCGACUUUGGCAAUGGCAGCGAUGGCGGCGGCACGCUCGACGCCAGGGGAAAGACGAUCAGCGCUGUGGAUAUUCGUGGUGAUGACACGUGCUGCGGGAGUAUUGAAUUGAACGGUAUUGGAGAUGACCACGUGUCCGACGGCGGAGGACCGAAAAGUUACAUCGUAGUUCAGAACAUCUCGAAGCGUCACAAUAUCGAAAACCAGAUCAAUCGCGAUUUCCUGCAUCUGUGCGCAAACACGCCCAGAUUCUGCCGUUAGAAUCGAAUCCUUUUGCUAGUGGGACCUGGCACCAGGCGAUUCAUCUCGAAACCCCCUGAUGAGGCCGCUAGAACUGGCAGCGGCCGAAACUAGUUGGGGAUCGCUAGCUCCUUUGUCUCCUGUUUUUUCACUCUAUUCCAGCGAGGAGGACGAGGGUGCCAUAGCUAAGGCUAUGGAUGUGGUUCAUGACCUUUCUUCUGUGUUCCAUUUCUCGAGAUAUCAUUUUCGCAUGAGCGCUGCGUUCGCAGCUAUUUGUUA